GCUCUGCUUCCGCUCCAUGCUGGCCAGGAUGGAGGGCAGCCCGAAGCAGCUUGGCCCUGGGAGGGGGCCCGGAGAGUCGGGGGACAGCCAGGCCUUGGCCAAGCUGCAGGAAUUGGCCCUGACCUGGUUCAUGGAGACACAGGCGCCCCUCAUCCUGCAGGACGGAGCCCUGCCCCCCUGGUUCCACGGAUUCCUUACCCGCAAGCAGACAGAGCAGCUGCUCGGCGACAAAGCUCUCGGCUCCUUCCUCAUCCGCCUCAGCGACCGGGCCACCAGCUACAUCUUGUCCUACAGGGGCAGUGACCGCUGUCGGCAUUUCGUCAUCAACCAGCUCCAGGACCGGCGCUACCUCGUCUCUGGGGACACCUGCAGCCACAGCACCCUGGCUGAGCUGGUGCGCCACUACCAGGAGGUGCACUUUGAGCCCUUUGGGGAGACCCUGUCUGCCGCCUGCCCCAGGCCAGAGGACAACGAUCCCUAUGAUGCCAUCACCCUGGGUCUCCACCACACCAGCCUGGGCCUGGAAAAGCCACCUGCCGCAGCAGCCCCCACGGUGGGCGCAGACGCCACCCGCCCCCAGCCCCCAGUCUCCUUCGUCCACACCAGGAAGAGCCUGGAGGCCACUUCCUGUAGCUUCUCCGAGGAGGGAUGUGUGGAGCUCCGCGCCAGGGUGCCUCCCCUCCCCGAGAGGAGUGCCUCCCUUCUGGAAGAGUCUUUUGGGAGCCCUGGCAGCACCAUCUACUCAGAGCUGAGGAAGAUGAACCAGGCACGGCUGGGCCUGGGCGCAGAGGGGUCCAGCGAGCCUGGGACGGUUCCAGCUGGCAGCCGGGCUUGCUCCCCAGGCGAGGAGCCCCUGAGGAGACACUCAGUGGGAAGCCAGAACAGGCCUAAUGGCCCAGAGCCUGCCCUCACUGGGGUUGGCACAGACCAUGGUCGACCGGUGCCUCCUGCAUCCCGGGCCCACCUCCUGGCCCCGGGAUGCUCGGCUGCCUCCUGGAGCCAGGCGUCCCCGAAGCUGAGCCACAGAGCACAGCCCUGUUCCCCAGGCACUUGUACAGACACAUACAAGCUCCUGCAGACAGCAGACCCACCGGAGCCCAGGGAGGCGCCAGAACAGGAAGGCAGUGCCUACGCUCAGGUCCCAGCCUACUGGGGCAGCCCAGUAAGGCCCCCGUGUUCCAGGCCCAGCCCCCCAUCCAGCUGGCGGCCAGGAUCCUCAGACUAUGGCUGUGACAGGUUCUCGGGGGCCCCGGAGCUCCCUGAGCCCAGGAACACCUACGAACAAAUUCCAGCAGCCAGGAGCACCGGACAGGCACACAAGCCUGACAAGCUCCGGAGGUUCUUCUUCACGGACAAGAAGCAUAAAUCCUGA